AUGAUCAAAAUCACCCAUUUCCUAGUAGCCUGCCUGUUGGCUGCAACCGUGUUGGCAAAAGUUGAACUACACCACGGCCCGAUACCGUAUAAGUUUCAGUAUGGAGUCAACGAUGGACACACCGGCGAUCACAAAACCCACUGGGAACAUCGAGAGGGCGAUCGUGUGAUAGGUCAGUACACAGUAGCCGAAGCGGAUGGAACGCAUCGCGUAGUGCAAUAUAAAUCAGAUCCAACUACCGGAUUUCAAGCGCACGUGAAACGCGAAGGACACGCCAAGCAUCCGCACGGGCAAAGCUAUGCAAACAUUGACCAGUUUCAUUGA